AUGCUGUCUGUGAGAAAAAAAAAAUCCGUCGACGAUGACAACGACAAUGACGACGAGAGAUUUUUCGCACUGACGACGGCGGGGUCGGUGGGCGGAGAAACUAAAAGCGCUGAUGAGGUGAUAGGAGGAGGUUUCCCUUCGGAAAAAAACAGGAAAAAAAAACAGAAAAAAAGAUGGCGAAUAAAAGUAAUACAGUAUAGAACAGCAAUGCAAGUUUUCACAGGACCGCCUACUUUACAGUUGUUUUCAUUCCGUCGCCUUUAA